AUGGAGUCUGACGCAGGGGGCCCCCAGGGGGCCCCCCUGGCUGGGGGGCCCCCAGGGGGGCCCCCCGGGGGCCCCCCUUGGGGGCCCCCCCCCAGAAGCGAAGCCUUCCCUUUCUUCUCUGAUGCUGCAGUGCAGCAGCUGCUGCUGCGCUGCAGCAGCAGAGCUGAUGCGCCGCAGCUGAUUUGGCGGCCGCAGCGGUGGCAGCUGCGAGAAGCCAAGCCUGCUGCUGCUGCUGCUGCUGCUGCUGCUGCUACCAGCAGCAGCAGCAGCAGCAGCCCCAGCGAGAGCGACGAGGACGAGGACGACGAGCACUGCAGCAGCAGCAGCAGCAGCAGCAGCAGCAGCAGCAGCAGCAGCAGCAGCAGCAGCAGCAGCUUGAAGUGCUUAUCAGGAUUGGCUCUGGGGGGCACAAUAGCCCGGGGGGCCCUUUGUCUCAUUUCUAAAGCAGCAAAUCUGGGGCCCCCCUCUUCCCCACUUGUUGCUAAGCGCUAUUUGCUGCACUCGCUGCGGCGCCUCCGCACUGCCUGUUUUGUUGCUGGAGAUGUUCAAGUCCUUACGGAGUGGCAGAGGGUGCUGUGCGAGGUGCUGCUGCAUGCGUCGCUGCUGCACCCCCUGAUUUGUCCCCUCCUGGGGGUGCUGCUGGACGAAGCAGCAGGUUUGCUGCUGCUGCUGCUGCCAAGGAGACACGCAACUUUGCUGAGUUGGGACAAAGCAGCAGCAGCUUUUGUCCUCACUCCCAAGCAGCAGCAGCAGCAGCAGCAGCAGCAGCAGCAGCAGCAGCAGGGAGAGAAGGGGCAGGAGCGGGCGCUGCAGCAGCAGCAGCAGCAACAGCAAGAGCAGCAGCAGCAGCAGCAAGAGCAAGAGCAGCAGCAGCAGCAGCAGCAGCAGGUAGAGGAGGCUGAGCACAAGUGCAGCAGCAGCUGCUGCUGCUGCCGCGUUGAUUUGUUUUCGGAAAAAGGAGCAAAAGAAAUGCUGAAGCAGCUGCUAAUGGGGCUUUCUGUGCUGCACUCUUACCGCGUGCUGCACAAGGAUAUAAAGCCUUCGAAUUUGCUGCUGCUGCGGCCCUUGCCCCCAUCUUUUGUCUGCCGCGUUUGGCUGCCCCCGCUGCAGCAGCAGGGGUCCCGGCGGGGGCGUGUGGGGUUAUCGCCUGCUGCAGCAGCAACAGCAGCAACAGAUGCAGCAGCAGCAACAGCAGCAGCAGCAGCAGCAUGGGACCCCGACUCUGCGAGCGAAAGCGAGGCCAGCUUUGACAAUUCAGAAGAAGAAGAAGCAGCAGCAGAUUCGUUUUUGUUUACAGGUGCUGCUGCUGUUGCUGCUGCUGCUGCGCUGCAGCAGCAAAUAAGAGACACCAUGAACAGCACUGACAAAAGGCCCUUGCCCCCAGUCCCUGCUGUUGCUGCGAAGCAGCUCAGCUCGGCAGCAGCAGCAGCAGCAGCAACAGAGCCAGCAGCAGCAGCAGCAGUAGCAGCAGCAGCAGCAGCAGCAGCAGCAAGUCAUCUGCACAGCGGAGAGAGGCAGGUGUCUCUUGCCCAGGCCCUUAGAGAUGGGCUGCUGGAAGCUGCAGCAUUCCCCCAGCACUGCAGCAGCAGCAGCAGCAACAGCAGCAGCAGCAGCAACAGCAGCAGCGAGUCGGAAGAAGACGAGCAGCAGCAGCAGCAGCAAGGAGAGGGACAAAGGGGCAAAAAGAGGCCACGAGAGAAGCAGCGAAGGGGCCACGGCGAACCUGCAGCAGCAGCAGCAGCAGCAGCAACAGCAGCAGCAGCAGCAGCAGCAGCAGCAGGCGAUUCUGUGCGUGAGAAGGCCAAUGGCUGCCUCGCUGGCAGUAACGGCGCCAGCAACAGCAGCAGCAGCAGCAGCAGCAACUGCAGCAGCAGCAGCAGCAGCAGCAGCUUCCCCAGCAGCAGCAGCAGCAGCAACAUUGAGGAAAGCGAGGUGCUGCUGCAGCUGGCGGACUUCAAUACUGCUGCUGUUGCAGAUGAUGACGGAUGCACUAUUUGGGAUGCAGCGGGCUCGCCACACUUCGUUUCCCCCGAGUGCUUGGGGACAGGAGAAGCAGCAGGAACUGACGGAAGGGCGAGGGACUUGUGGGCAGCAGGAGUGACUCUUUACUGCAUGCUGUUUGGGAGGCCCCCCUUCUGGGGAUGCCGCGGCCUUGAAUUGGCAUGCAAAUUAAUGAGAGAAGAUUUGCUGCCGCCUCCCUGGCGCACUGUUUCCCCAGAGUGUGAAGACAUUUUGAAGGGGCCCCUCGGCCUGCCUAACGGGGUUCAACAGCAGCAGCAGCAGCAGCAGCAGCAGCAACAGCUGCUUCUGCAGCUGCAGCUGCCAAAGGACUCCUAG